AUGGCGCUUUCGGCUGAGACGGAGCAAAAGCUUUUGGCGUGGAUUAGGCACAUGCGUUGCACCAAGUUAUACUGCGUCACCACGGCUUGCAUUCGGUAUGCGCACGGAUACUUCGACCCCGACUACACAGCCACGCGCAGCCUGGACGCGCCAAAACCUUACUGCGACCAGCGCGUCAUGCAAGAGUGGAUUGACGAUGUUUGGAGUCCUGAUGUACAAGGUCCGAGUGUUUUACUACUUGAUAGUUUAAAUAUACAACACAAGAUGGAAUGCAUCAAGACUUCGUUAGAAGACAAGGGGCACGCAAAGGUGGUGUAUGUACCCCCAGGAGUCACAGGCUUAGCGCAACCUAUGGACAUUGCGGUCAUGAAACCGUUCAAGGACCGAUGCCGGGAGCUGUACCUACAAUUUGUACGAGAAGGUGGAGUCUUCACGACCCCAACGCAGAAGAGAGGUAGGAUUGCAGCGAUAGUUACCCAGGCCUGGGAGGAGGUCGACGAAGAGAGCAUCGUCAACGGGUUUUUGGGGGCUGGCCUCGUCGCAAUAGGCCCCCGCGAUGCUAAUGGCGACUUUGCCUCUCCAGAGCCCACACGCGAAGGAAUUGUUGACGUUGAAUAA